AUGGGGCAAACGGCGAGCAUGUGUCGCCUCCACGGAUCAUGUCUCCACCACAAGAAAAGCCUUCAGCUUCGGAGCAUAGAGGAGCCUUCGGUAGGCGCGGGCAGCGGCGUGCCCGCGCCCACCUGCUACGACGCCGAGUGUGCCCGCACCGAAGCCUGGUUGGACGAGAAUCAAGAUUUCGUGCACGACUACUUCCUCAGAAAGGCGACGCGGCAGGUGGUGGACGCAUGGCUGGUGUCCCACGCGACUCCGCCGAGCGCUGAACUCGCCUCGCCCUCCCGCGCUGGCUCGGGCUCGGGUGCUACGACCCCCGUCAGGAAGAUUUCGGCGCACGAGUUCGAGCGUGGCGGACUGCUGAAGCCGCUGGUGACCACCGUGGACGGUACGCCCACCUUCCUCGGUGACCAGCCCCCGCACGCAACCCCCUCAAGGCCUCAGCGGCGGUCGAGGCACGAGCUUCGACAGCUCGACGAGAAGGAGCUCAUUUUUGAGCUGGUAAAAGACAUCUGCAACGAGUUGGAAGUGCGCGUGUUGUGCCACAAGAUCCUCCAGAACGUGUCCAUUUUAUUGGACGCGGACAGGGGUUCACUGUUCCUCGUGCAGGGCGAGAGGGCGGCGUCACCUCACCCUCAAAAUGGCAGAUGCCUCGUGUCGAAACUGUUCGAUGUAUGCUCAAAAUCCACACCGGAACAAAUGGAGCAACUGGAGGAAAUUAGGAUACCGUGGGGCAGCGGUAUCGUGGGCUACGUCGCGGAGAGCGGCGAGCCAGUCAAUAUCCCCGACGCGUACAAGGACGAGAGAUUUAACCACGAUAUCGACCAGCAAACGGGCUAUAAAACGAGAUCCCUCCUCUGUAUGCCGAUUAAGGACAUCAACGGUGAAGUAAUCGGUGUUGCCCAGGUGAUAAACAAACAGAGCGACGGCCCGUUCACGGCGAACGAUGAGAAGGUGUUCGCCUCGUACCUCCAGUUCUGCGGCAUCGGCCUGCGGAACGCGCAGCUCUACGAGCGCUCGCAGCUCGAGGUGAAACGGAACCAGGUGCUGCUCGACCUGGCGCGGAUGGUCUUCGAGGAGCAGAGCACGAUCGAGCACAUGGUGCUGAGGAUACUCACGCACACGCAGAGCCUGAUACGGUGUCAGCGCGUGCAGGUCCUGCUAGUACAUGAGGCGUCAAAGGGCAGUUUUUCUCGAGUGUUCGAUUUGGAGGCGGGCGACGAGACAGACCCGGGGACACCACGUACUUCGCCGUACGAGAGCCGGUUCCCGAUCAACAUCGGCAUCACGGGCUACGUCGCCACCACCGGUGAAACAGUCAAUAUUGCUGACGCGUACCUAGAUCCGAGAUUCGAUCCCUCGGUCGACGAGGAGGCCGGUUUCAAGCACAAUACCAUUCUUUGUAUGGCGAUCAAGAAUUCAGAAGGAAGGAUCAUUGGCGUCAUACAGCUCGUGAACAAGUUCGACGGGCUGCUGUUCACGAAAAACGACGAGAACUUCGUGGAGGCGUUCGCAAUCUUCUGCGGUAUGGGGAUCCACAACACGCACAUGUACGAGAAGGCGAUUACGGCCAUGGCGAAACAGAGCGUGACGCUCGACGUCUUAAGUUACCACGCAUCCGCGUCCCUCGACGACGCACACAGAUUACGGACGCUGCGGAUACCCUCCUCGGUCCACUACAAGUUGCACCAGCUCGAUUUCGACGACAUCGACCUGUCGGACGACGACACCCUCAAGGCGUGCCUGCGCAUGUUCCUCGACCUCGACUUCGUGGAGCGUUUCCACAUCGACUACGGCGUGCUGUGCCGAUGGCUGCUCAGCGUGAAGAAGAACUACCGUAACGUCACCUACCACAACUGGCGGCACGCGUUCAACGUCGCACAAAUGAUGUUCGCCAUUCUCACUGAAACGCAGUGGUGGAAGAUAUUUGGCGAACUCGAGUGUCUGGCUUUGAUCAUCGGUUGCUUAUGCCACGACCUUGACCAUCGGGGGACUAACAACUCGUUUCAAAUAAAAGCGUCGUCACCACUCGCCCAGUUGUACUCCACGUCCACGAUGGAGCACCAUCACUUCGACCAGUGCCUGAUGAUCCUGAACUCGCCCGGCAACCAGAUCCUCGCGAACCUGUCAUCGGACGACUACGAGCGCGUGGUCAAAGUGCUAGAAGACGCAAUACUGUCGACGGACUUGGCCGUUUAUUUUAGCAAGCGCACGGCGUUCAUCGAGCUGGUGGGCGCGGAGAGGUGCGUCAGCGCGUGGGGCGGGUGCACGGAGCGGCGCGGGCUGUUGCGCGCUAUGCUGAUGACCGCUUGCGACCUCGCCGCCAUAACGAAGCCGUGGCCCGUGGAGCGACGGGUGGCGGCGCUAGUCGCCGGCGAGUUCUUCCGCCAGGGCGACCUCGAGCGCCACAACCUCAACCUCACGCCGAUCGACAUAAUGAACAGGGAUAAGGAGGACGAGCUCCCGGCAAUGCAGGUCAAGUUCAUUGACACCAUCUGUCUGCCAAUUUACGAGGCGUUCGCCGUGCUCUCGUCCGCCCUGCAGCCGAUGCUGGACCGCGUGAAGAGCAACCGGGCGCACUGGAUCGAGCUGGCGAACGGCGACGGCGACGGAGGGGCGGCGGGGGGCGCGGAGGCGGCGGCGGCGGCGGGGGCGGGGGGCGCCCCGCACGACAGGACCGACAAGGGCAGCGUCGGCUCGCAGAACGCCGACGACACGGAGCCGACGUGCGACGGGGACAGCAGCGGCGCGGUGAGCCUCUCGUCGGAGACCAACUCCAAGUACGACAACCUGGAGAACCCGGUCGUGGGCCUGGUGUGCACCAACGCGCUCACCAUGCCCCGCGAGCCGAACAAGUUCUGCCAACUGAACGACCUCAAC